AUGUCCGGCUCCAGCAGGAAAGACUUCGACGUGAAGCACAUCCUGCGCCUCCGCUGGAAACUGUUCAGCCACCCCUCGCCGGCGGGCGGCCCGGCGGGUGGAGGCUGCCUGCCGCCCGACAGCAGCUUCGAGCACUGGGGACCGAGCCAGAGCCGCCUGCUGAAGAACCAGGAGAGAGGCAACGGCGUCUUCUGGAAGAAAUCCGCCUCCUCCUCCUCCUCCUCGGCGGCCACCACGGCCAGCCCGCUCAACGGGACGCUGCUGUCUGCCGGCGGCCGGCCGGCCACGGGGCACGGCCCGGGACCGCCGCCGCCCCGCACCGUCUUCUACGUGGAGUCCCUGGAGGAGGAGGAGGAGGAGGCGGUGCCCGGCGGGAUGGAGGUGGCCCGCGAGCCCGAGAAGCCCCUAGCGCCGCCGGAGCGGGAGGAUGCGCCAGGGGGCUGCGCCGAUGGAGGCAGCCGGGCAACAGGUGACGGAGGCGGGCACAGACUGUCAGGAGCCAGCCACCCCUUGCCACCCCACUGUGACAUGGAUUCAUGUAGCUCUGAGGAGUUCUACCAGGCUGUUCACCACGCAGAGCAAACCUUCAGGAAAAUGGAGAGCUACCUGAAGCAGCAGCAGCUCUGUGAUGUUAUCCUGAUUGCCGGGGAUCGCAAGAUACCUGCACACAGACUUGUCCUCAGUUCUGUCUCUGACUACUUUGCUGCCAUGUUUACAAGUGAUGUUUGUGAAGCCAAACAAGAAGAGAUCAAAAUGGAAGGCAUAGACCCCAAUGCGCUGUGGGACCUUGUUCAGUUUGCAUAUACAGGCUGCCUGGAAUUAAAAGAAGACACCAUUGAAAACCUCCUAGCAGCUGCCUGCCUUCUUCAGCUUCCCCAAGUAGUAGAGGUUUGCUGCCAUUUUCUAAUGAAGCUUUUGCACCCAUCCAACUGCUUGGGAAUACGAGCAUUUGCUGAUGCACAAGGGUGCACAGAGCUUAUGAAGGUGGCUCACAACUACACCAUGGAGAAUAUAAUGGAAGUUAUAAGAAAUCAAGAAUUUUUACUUCUACCUGCCGAAGAACUCCAUAAACUUCUUGCCAGUGAUGAUGUGAAUGUUCCUGAUGAAGAGACCAUUUUCCAUGCCUUAAUGAUGUGGGUGAAAUAUGAUAUGCAGAGGCGAUGCAGUGACCUAAGUAUGCUGCUUGCUUAUAUCAGAUUACCACUCCUUCCACCUCAGAUAUUGGCUGACCUGGAAAACCAUGCACUUUUUAAGGAUGACCUAGAAUGCCAGAAGCUUAUUCUGGAAGCCAUGAAAUAUCAUCUUUUACCAGAAAGAAGAACUCUCAUGCAAAGUCCAAGAACUAAGCCUAGAAAAUCUACAGUUGGAACACUAUAUGCUGUUGGAGGAAUGGAUAACAACAAAGGAGCUACAACUAUUGAAAAGUAUGAUCUCAGAACAAACAUAUGGAUUCAGGCUGGAGUAAUGAAUGGCAGGAGGCUUCAGUUUGGUGUUGCUGUCAUCGAUGACAAGCUGUUUGUCAUUGGAGGCCGGGAUGGUUUAAAGACAUUAAACACUGUUGAAUGUUACAAUCCAAAGACCAAGGCUUGGACUGUGUUACCACCUAUGUCAACACAUAGACAUGGCUUAGGAGUUACAGUGCUUGAAGGGCCUAUUUAUGCAGUGGGAGGACAUGAUGGUUGGAGUUAUUUGAACACAGUUGAGAGGUGGGACCCUCAAAGUCAGCAGUGGACAUUUGUGGCAAGUAUGUCAAUUGCCAGAAGCACUGUUGGAGUAGCAGCAUUAAAUGGCAAGUUAUAUUCGGUUGGAGGUCGGGAUGGAAGUUCAUGUUUGAGUUCAAUGGAAUAUUAUGAUCCUCACACAAAUAAAUGGAAUAUGUGUGCUCCUAUGUGUAAGAGAAGAGGAGGUGUAGGAGUGGCUACCUGUGAUGGCUUUCUUUAUGCAGUUGGAGGUCAUGAUGCUCCUGCUUCUAAUCACUGUUCGCGACUGCUGGACUAUGUGGAAAGGUAUGACCCAAAAACUGAUACAUGGACAAUGGUGGCUCCACUGAGUAUGCCUCGAGAUGCUGUUGGUGUUUGUCUCCUUGGUGACAAAUUAUAUGUAGUAGGUGGCUAUGAUGGUCAAUCAUACCUGAACACUAUGGAAGCAUAUGACCCACAAACUAAUGAGUGGACACAGAUGGCUUCCUUAAAUAUUGGAAGGGCUGGUGCCUGUGUUGUAGUCAUCAAACAACCAUGA